AUGGACCAAAACGCCUCGAACGACACAGAGCCCAAGCUCUCCCCUCUCUUUUGGGACCCCAACGCAGACGUGACAUUCAUAUCGUCAGAUGGUGUCCUCUUCAAGAUAUACCGUCGGCACUUAGAGCCGACCACGGGCGGGUUCCCUGGCGCGGACGCGAUGGUCGUAGGCCCCGAGCCCGUCGCAUUACCAGAACCAGCCAACGUGCUGGAGGUCCUCUUCCAGUUCAUCCAGGCCCCAACGGAGGCGACGAAUUUCCGACAGCCAUCCGUUCAUGACAUGCAGGAAGAUAUUUUCUUCGCUGUCGCAGAGGCUGCGGAGAAGUAUCUAGUCUACGGUGCCAUGAACAUAUGCAUCACCUUUAUGAGGUGCGCACAUCUUCUCUAA